AUAACCACGCCCUCUGCCUUGGCCCCGCCCAGCGCCGGCUGCAGCCGCGUCCGGGCGCUGUUUGCUCCCAGUUCCUUCCCAGUGCUCCCAGUAAAAGCUAUACUGGGAGGGACGGCUCUCCCAAAUCCUUCUCGGUGCUCCCAGGAUCGGUCCCGGUGCGGUGGGGGUCGGGGCUGCGUUAAAACUACCCCAAAGCAGAGCGCGGCUCCUUUUGGGUGUCGGCACCGCCCGGGCCGGGCUGGGAGUGGAGGAGGAGCGGGAGGAAGAGGAGGGACAGAGGAGCAGGAAAAGCAGGAGCAGGAAGAGGAGGAGUGGGAACAGGAGAGACACAGGAGGAGGAAAAGGAGCAUCGGGAGGAAAAGGGGGAGCAGCAGCAGCAGCACGCGGUUUCCUCGCCCGCCCCCUCAGGCCGCAGCUCCCCCUGCUCCGGCAGCAUCGUCCCCGUCGCGGAAGCCGAAGGAUCUCCCAUUCCCAAACCUCGGCCUGCUGGAGCAGGAGGGGGCCGCGAUGAAGAGGAAGAGGUCCCGGGAGCCAGAGCCGACACGGAGCUGAGCAUGGAGCCCAGGGAGGACAAAUCCCCGUGGCAGAACCUUGUGGAAGAGGCCGUUGAGAGCAGCUCCACAGCACAGGAAUCUAAAGAGGAGGAAAAGCCUCUGAGAUCCCACACAAGAACGGGCUGCAAACCCAGAGCUUGGGGAUCUGAGGACGAAAGAUCUACUCUGGGCCGGAGAGGUGACCAGAGCUUAGAGCUGGGGUCCCCUGGGAAGUCUCAAGAUAGGGAGAAGCCCCACAAGUGCUCGAAAUGUGAGAAGAGCUUCAGCCAAAGAUCCGACCUGAUCAAACACCAGAGAAUCCACACAGGGGAACGGCCCUAUGACUGUGGGGAGUGUGGGAAGAGCUUCCGUUUGAUAUCCAACCUAAGUGUCCACCAGAGGAUCCACACCAAGGAGAAGCCCUACGAGUGUGAACAAUGCAGGAAGAGGUUUCACACAAGCUCCAAUCUCCUCAGGCACCGGCGGAUUCACAGAGAUGAGAAGCCCUUCCACUGCCAUGACUGUGGGAUGGACUUCAGGGACAGCUCUGCCCUCAGCAAGCACCGGCGCAUCCACACUAUGGAGAAGCCCUACGAGUGCCCCGAGUGUGGGAAGAGCUUCAAACACAGCCACAACCUAAUUAUCCACCAGAGGAGUCACACAGGGGAACGGCCCUACAAGUGUGAGGAGUGUGGGAAGAGCUUCAGCCAGAGCUCCCACCUGACCCGCCACCAGAGGAGCCACACCAGGGAGAGGCCCUACGAGUGUGACCAAUGCAGGAAGAGGUUUCAGACCAGCUCCAAUCUCCUUAAGCACCAGCGGACUCACACGGAUGAGAGGCCCUUCCGCUGCCCCGACUGUGGGAUGGGCUUCAAGCGGAACUCCCACCUUGUCACCCACCAGCGCAUCCACACUGGGGAGAGGCCCUAUGAGUGUCCGGAGUGUGGGAAGAGCUUCAGUGAUAGCUCUGCCCUGAUCGUCCACCAGAGGAGUCACACAGGGGAACGGCCCUACAAGUGUGAGGAGUGUGGGAAGAGCUUCAGCCAGAGCCCCCACCUAAUUAUCCACCAGAGAAGCCACACUGGGGAGAGACCCUAUGAGUGCAACCAAUGCAGGAAGAGGUUUCAGAGCAGCUCCAGUCUCCUCAUGCACCAGCGGAUUCACACAGAUGAGAGGCCCUUCCGCUGCCCUGACUGCGGGAAGGGCUUCAGGUACAACUCUGCCCUCAUCACCCACCGGCGCAUCCACAACGGGAAGAGGCCCUAAGAGUGUCCCCAGUGUGGGAAAAGCUUCACCCGGAGAUCUUUCCUGAUCCGCCACCAGGUCAGCCACACUCUGGAGAUGCCCUAUGAGUGUGAUAAAUGUAGGAAGAGAUUUCCCACUAGCUCCCGUCUCCUUGUGCACCAGCGGAUUCACACGGAUGAGAGGCCCUUCCAGUGCCCCGACUGCGGGAUGGGCUUCAAGUACAACUCUGCCCUCAUCACCCACCGGCGCAUCCACACCGGGGAGAGGCCCUACGAGUGUCCCGAGUGUGGGCAGAGCUUCACCCAGAGCUCCACCCUGACUGCCCACCGGAGGAGCCACACAGGAGAACGGCCCUACGAGUGUGGCGAGUGUGGGAAGAGCUUCAGCCGGAGCUCCACCCUGAUUGCCCACCAGAGGAGCCACACCGGUGAGAGUCUCUACGAGUGUGAGGAGUGUCGGAAGACCUUCAGCCGGAGCUACCACCUGAUACGCCACCAGGCAAGCCACAAGGGGGAACGGCCUUACAAGUGUGGGGUGUGUGGGAAGAGCUUUAUCCACAGCUCCUACCUGAUGCUUCACCAGAGACUCCACACAGGGAAACUGCCCUUCGAGUGUGGGGAGUGUGGGAAGAGCUUCAACCAGAGCUCUCACCUUACUGUCCACCAGAGGAGGCACACGGGGGAGAGGCCGUACGAGUGUGAUAAAUGCAGGAAGAGGUUUCCAAUCAGCUCUGAUCUCCUCAGGCACGAGCGGAUUCACACGGAUGAAAGGCCCUUCCGCUGCCCUGACUGCGGGAAGGGCUUCACACAGAAAUCCGCCCUCAAAAAGCACCGGCACAUCCACACCAGGGAGAGGCCCUAUGAGUGUGGGGAGUGUGGGAAGAGCUUCACCCACAGUUCUACCUUGACCCAACACCAACGCAGACACAACUAAGGGAAGCCUCUUCUUCUCUUUCUUCCACUGCCUGAUCUCCUGCCUCUCCCUUCUCUCCCACAGCCACUUCUCCAGCUUUGUCUCCUUGUCCCACAUUUCUGUCUUUUGCUCCUUCUCCUCAUCCUUCUCACCCUACUGAUUCCUGUCCUGGCUAAGUCACUCUCUUGGCUUCUAAAAGUUUCCAAGCCUGAUCUGCCCUCUCCCUUUCACCUGCUAAUUCUUCCUGCACUUUCCCAACUCUUCCUCAUCCGAACCGCUGUCCAUGUUCUUGUGCUCUCCCUGCUGCCUCCCCAUCCCCGUCCAUGUACCCAAUGUCUCCCCCGAUGCAUGGGGAGGCUGGGAUGGAUGGGGGCAAGGAGAGGUUGGAUCCUGGUCCAUGUGAACACCAGAGCAAUGGAUCCCAGAUGGAUUCUGGUCUGGAUAGCCCCUCGCCCUGCAGUCCUCCAGCCUGGCCUGCCCCCAGCCCAGAUGGCUGCCAAUCUGGCCACACCCUGGCCCACUGCACUGGCUCACUAGCCCAUCCCAGUAGCCUCAACUCCAAAAUCCCCUGAAAUAAACCCAGUUUCAGAACAUCAGCUCUAAGUGAUCCCUUCAGAGUGAGGGGGAAACUGAGGCACAGGCUGCGGUGUCUGCAGUGAAAGGAGCAAACUUGAUGACCUACCAUGGAGGCCCUCAAAUCAGCAUGCCCCCCAAAUUGUCACCGUGGAAGAGGAGGAGGAGGAGGAGGAAGAGGUGGUGGUGUGAAACUCCAGUGGUCAGAUUAGGAAGCUGAGACGGGAGCCAGGGCCAAGCGCAGGCACAGCAGGGACACGGGGACAGCCCCGAAGUCCCCAAGGUCCCCUCGGGGAAUGCGGUGCAUGGAGGGUGUGGGGCCACGCAGCAUCCUUGAGGUAAUGUGGGGGGGUGGAAGUAGCAGGGGUGACACUGAAAAUGUUGUCACCCGCCCCCCCAUAGGACGUGGGCAGCCCCUUGCUUUGGGGUGCUGUUGACAAAUUCAGUUAGUGCGGACACAACCUCCACAUUCAGGCUGGGAAUACUUACAGGGUCUCCCAACUCUUAAUUUCACUGGUCCUGAAAUAACUUGGGUAUCUCAGCUGUUGUGUAUGGCACUGUUUGGUAGCAGUGUGCCCACCUUGACCAUCAUCUCUGGCUUCAGUUUGGUUUAGGGCUAUAGACUCUACAUCCUGGCAUCCUCCCUCAAAGAUUCCCUCCCUCUCAUCUCCAUCACCAAGCUCUGCCUGAAGCCUCCUCAUACAAUCACACUUGAUUGUGAGCAGCCCCUCUGCCUGCAGCUUCUUUUCCUUCUCCUGAUCAUGCUCAGCAACAACACCACCUUCCCCAAAGUCUGCUCUCCCUCUCCAGAGGAUUUCAGCCCCUGAACAGCAGACAGCCUUCUGUGUGUGGCACCAGGGCUUAGGAGGAUCAUUUACCCUUAGGAAAAGCCCUGGUUCCCAGGAUCCCUGCCCUUCCUCUUCCGGAACUUCUUUCUGCUCCCCAGCAGCUGCUGCCCACACUUGAGCUGUCUCUGCCAGCCCUUCCACAGCCUCUUCCUUUUCCUUAGGUUCCUCUUCUUCUCUUUCUUCCACUGCCUGAUCUCCUGCCUCUCCCUUCUCUCCCACAGCCACUUCUCCAGCUUUGUCUCCUUGUCCCACAUUUCUGUCUUUUGCUCCUUCUCCUCAUCCUCCUCACCCUACUGAUUCCUGUCCUGGCUAAGUCACUCUCUUGGCUUCUAAAGGUUUCCAAGCCUGAUCUGCCCUCUCCCUUUCACUCACUAAUUCUUCCUGCACAUUCCCAACUCUUCCUCAUCUGAACCUCUGUCCAUGUCCUUGUGGUCACCCCGCUGCCUCCUCAUCCCUGUCCAUGUACUCAAUGUCUCCCCCAGUGCAUUCUCCCACUCUGCAGCCUUAUGGAGCCCAAGGUGCAUUUGUCUGCUAAAGUCCCUUUCCAUAACCAGCAGAGAUUCCAAUUUUGCUCUCUCGUUUUCUCUCCAUCUGAAUGUUUUUGGAAGGAGUUAACCAAAUUUUGUAAAAAUUUGUCUUUCAUCUUGCUCUCCAUCUGAAUGUUUUAGCCAGGAGUCAUGAAUCCUUUUAUCCUUUUGAGCUGCCAUGGAUGCCUUAGGAUUUUAGCCCUUAUAUUCUUUUCUAUAUGUGUAAUCCUGCAAUUCUUUAGUGUAUAACUCUAAACUCCAUACAGAGUGUUUGCUACUGCUUUCCCAUUUUGAUCAGACAAAACAAUUCCUCUCCAGGCCUGGGAAUCAGGGACACCUCACUGUCUCAGGCCCUGAGAAAUGUAAAAAGAAGUGAGUUGCGGGGGGAGCAAACUUGGGGUAAAUUACUUCAUUACCUGAAGCUGUAAUUGGAAGAAUAACCCCCAAUAUGCAAAUGGACAAAACUUAUAAAAGUAUGAAAACCCAUGACCCAUCACCCAUUUUUGGGUGUAGCUCCUGAGGGGGCUUCAUCUGUCUGAAAUGUUCCUGAAGGUCCUUCAGUCAAUACAGCGGCUUUUUAUCCCCUUAAUUUUGUCUGGCCUCUGUUUUUAGGUAGUCCCUAAAAGGCAUCAGUCCAAAUGGCCUCUUUUCCCUCCUCUCCCUCACCUUUCCUAUUGUGCCCUCAAUCCCCAAUUCCCACCCCUGAUCCUGGUUUGGGGGGUCCCACACCCCUCCCCACUCCUUUUGGGGAUCCCACCCCACUUUUCCUCCUUCUUCCCCACAUUUCCCAUUGCCUCUCCCUUCCCAUGCUCCCUGCUCACCCAAGUUCCCUUGGCUCCCAGCUGGGGGGCUCCCAGCUGGGGGGCUCCCAGCACCACCAGUAUGGCCCCAGCUGCCCCCACAGGCCCCAUCCGCAGCUCUGGGCAGGCUGACACCCCAAAAGCAGCCGUGCUGUGCCAUGGGAGACUCCAAGAUCACGCAGUGCUGCUUGAUGCUAUCAGAAGAAAAGACUUGACACAGCAGGUGAGACUUUCUGGAGUUUAAAGUCAACUAAUCUCCUCUUCCCAAUCAAUUUCUGGUGUUAGUCUCUAUCCACAUGGAUGUUCCUGCCUUCAUCCAGGUGUCUCUGGGGAACCAGGAGGACGUGGAGAGACCUAGCCAGGUGUCUUCCCAACAUGGAUCACUGGGAAUGUGGGACACCAGGGCUCUGCCCAGUGUGACUCCUCUGAUGGGGUUUUGUUUUUCUUCCGGUAGCUUCAGUCGGUCUCGGCUGCCUUGGUUGUUCCUGGAUAGGGGUGCACCUACGUACCCCCCUGCCCAAGCAACUCUGGCAAAGCUCCCAGGCACAGGCAACACUUAGCAAGCUUAGUUAUAGUGAUAUUCAGCUCUUAGCAGUGAUCAGUUCUUUUGCAGUGAUUCUCAGCUCACAAGCUUGCUAAGGUGCCUUGGCAGACACAGGGAGAGAGAGGAGAAGUGCCGUAUGAAGUUCCACAGAUGAAUCUUUAUUAGCUUCUUCCGUGAAGGGUUCCAGGGACAGCUCUUCUACUGAGCUGGGGGAAAAGUGGGGUUUUUAUAGGGUACCGAGGUUUUGAGAAGUGGUCCAAUAGUAUGAGUCAGGGUAGAAAGUGACCUAUUGUCUUACAGGGAGAUAAGAGAGGGUCCGAGUGCGGGAGAAGGGUUAUUUUGGCCUAGUCACCAUGACUAGGCAUUUCUGCCCUUAGGCGACUGACCGCCAGAGAGGCCUACCAGGCCUCACGGCUGCAACAAUGUGGGAAAUGUGGGAAAUGUGGGAAAUGUGGGAAAUGUGGGAAAUGUGGGAAAUGUGGGAAAUGGAUUUGUAGAGAGUUCUCCAAGUUUGACAGAAGGCUCACAUAAUAUGCAUCUGUAUGCAAACUUUGAGAUAAGAAUUGCUGAUUUAGAAAUGCUAUGGAAUAGGAUGGAUAUUGUUGAGAGAGAAAUGGAAUUAGAAACAAGUUUUAAAGGAUGGUUUUGCAAAUAAGACUAGAUACUUUGGAGAAAUAGAAUUAUGAAAGGUGCAUUGUAACAGGACCCAUGAGGGGUAAUUUUAGAUGAUUGGCUUUAAGGCAUCAACAGCACUGUGUGGUAAAAGCUAAUAGGCUAAAAAACACUUAUAAUGUAUUGUAAUUAGGAAGUAGUUGGCUUCUGAUUGUGAUGGUGUGAAUUGUAACAUCUGUAUUGUCUUACUUUUCACAUGAGACUGAAAAUGGAAUAAAAGUUUUUCAAGCACUUCUCCGUUGCUCCAUCACUGGGUUAGAAAAGGGUAUCAUCUGACAAAAUUGGUGCCCCAAUAAGGCAAAUAACUCAGCUAAUUUAUCCAGCUUGUCAGAAAACCUCAAAGUAAUUUUUAAUAAAGUAUUGUUUAAACUGCUUAAAAAACCUUCAAUCCCAAAACUAUAACUUUUCCAAGAGGAGCAGUUAGAUCCCUACCCUCGUCACUGGCUCAAUUAGGACAGAAAUCCAACAAUAUUUGCCUGUUGUUCAGCAUCAAGUAAGCCUCAAAGAACAUGAAAAGACACAAAAUGUCCAAAAUGCCUAAAAAUGUUUAUAAAAGCCUUAAAAAUGUAGUCAAAUCUAAUUCUUAUAACAUGUCAAAAAACAAGUUUAAAACCUUACUAUUCUACAUUCAGAAGCAGUUUCCAGCUGCAGAUGAAACUUCUAUGUUAUCACUCCCUUUCUAAGAAUUAUGAAGACUUAAACUUUACAAUACUUUUACCGAGAUCAAACAGCUGCCAAGCUGCUCCCAGCAUUCCGUGAAAUGAUUGAUAUCUUCAAAUAUUCUACUAAAUCCUCUGCUUUCUCCGCUUUUUACAAAGAAAAAGAAAAAUACCAGACUGUAAGAAAUGCAUAUUAUAUGGCUCUGCGCAGAUAUUUACUAUAUGUAUUAUGCUAGGUUGAAAAGUUAUGCUGUAUUAACUUUUGAAUAGUAUAGUGAAUGUAAUUUUGUAAUUAACAUUAAGCUCUAGUAGUUAAAACAGAAGCUAUGUGUGUGAGAUACUCUUUUUAUUAGCUAGGGAGAAGGAGAAGAUAAUCAGGGGGUUCUUCGCACAGAGAUAACAAUUACAGAAACCCCUAAAUUUCCAGAGGAGAAGGAUUUAUGGCGUUCCUUAUCUACAGAGACGAACCUCUUCAAGCCUGACUUAAAGGCAGAGGAGCCUGAGGGAUUAACAGAAAGUUUUUGACAAGUACCAGACAAAAUGUUUUAAAUAAAAUAUGCAUAAUCAUGAGGUGACUCCUCUUAAGGGGUAAAUUCUCUUUUAACGUGGUCCUUCUCCUGCUGACUUUGGUCUAGGGAGAGGAGACCCAGCCCAGGGCUGUUCUCUUUGUUAUUAUUGUCUCAUAAAUUGUCCUACUCUAAAUUGUUUAACUUUUAUUAUUGUAUUUGUAUUACUAUUUUUUUAUAUAACCAUUUUUAUUUUUAUUAAAUUUCCAAAAAAAAUCCCAAAAGCGAGUGAUUGGCAUUUAUUACACAGACACUGCAGUCUAUGUCAGUUUUUGCUGCCAGCCGCUGUCCUGAGAAUGUAGCCGGGGAGGCUGACCAAGAGUACCCCUUUGAUCCUGGACCUGUCAAUAUAGACCCUCCAUCCCUGUGUUACCUGUAUCCGCUUGAAACAGCAAGCGCUGAGGGACGGGGGAUUGGACCUUGCUGAAAGAAUUGUCGCACCAGUCAUUUACUCAGGGACACGAAACCAACCUGUUCAACAGCAACCACUAUCUUUCCCAGUGACGAAAGAAUUCCCUCAAACAGUAACACAACAUGGCAUGAGGUCCCCCAGUUCCUCCGAGCUCAGUGCCUGCCAGGAGCCGCGGCUGUGGAAGCGACCCCCUGAUGCCAGCCAGCAGGCCUGCAGCCUGCACAGCGUGCUGAAGAUAUCAAAAUGCCAACUGACACUAUGGACUAGCUGAAACUCUGUUAAAAUUUACCUUUUAUUCUCAAUAACCUCUGAUUUGUGACUUUUAACAGGAUUGUUAACUAGAAAGACUCAAAGAUGUCUGUGUGGAUGUGGUGUUUUCCUACGCUUCGGUAGCAGCAACACUGCGUGAUUUACUGGAAAUAUUCAGCUAAGUUAUAAACGCAACAUUUUUUGCUCCCAUUCGAGGCUUUUGUCUAUAUUAGUUAUUUAAGACUCAGCUGUAAUUAGUACAUGAAACCCUACUGCCAGUUUUGGCUUGCUUUUAUUGCAUACAUUUAAUUCAGUAAUUUUAUUGUGAUUUUUUUGGUAUAUCUAUUUAGUGAUUCAAAUGCAUUUGUUUUGCCUUACCACAUUUAAAAUGAAACUAGACUUAAUAUCAAAACAGUAUAAGUAUAUUGGCAGGCCACAAAACAUAGUAAACAAUAGCACACUUUUUAGAAUAAUCUGUAUUCUUGACUUUGUAACGGUUUGCAAGCAUAAUGUUCCUGUAUACCACAUUGGGAUGUUUUUCUUGAGGUGGAUCUGACAGUUUUACUGGACUUGACACAGUUGUAAUAGUGUUGGCUUUUGCUAUAAUGAUUCAAAUUUUAUAUACUCAAGAAUGUUUACAAAAAUUAAGUUUUAAGCUCAAGAAUCUGAUGGAACAAUUUUUAUUGUGAAUUGUUUUCCCUAGAGACAUGUGUAACUGCAUCCUAUUAAAUAUACCUAUUUAGUGCUCCAAAUACUAAUUCAAAUGGGGCUUCAUAUCAAAAGAGUAUCGCUGCACAGAUAGAUAUCAUUGGUUUCUUACUAUUUUAGCAUCAAAUAUUUGUAUUCCAUUAAUUUUACUAAGACAGGUUUAAAUCUGUUAUAUUGACAUUUGUAAAAGGCUGCAAUCUUACAGGGUAACUUGCCAAAUUCUAUAGUGUUGACCUAAAAUUUUAGUAAAUUUAUGCUUACAUAAAAUUUGUGGCUACUAUGGGCUUUUGUCAAAACCAAAUUUUCUAAAAUCAUAACAUGCUUUUUACACCUUUUCUUUUAAUCCCUCCAUUAAAUUUG